CGAGAACGGAUGGCCGGACGGUGCCCCCAAUCAGGACCGCUUGCAGCAGCUGUCGUAACGACAUCCCGUCCAGGCGCAGCCGAAAGUCGGGCCGCGACGUCGAGCGGUGGCCGUGGCAGCCCCCGCAGUCGUUCGCUUGCCUUCCUUGCGGCAGUGCAGCCCGCAGCACAGCAGCGUCUCAGGAAGCGCGCGUGGCGAUAGCACGCGUCCCUCUCCUCCGGACGGCGCUUCCGCGACCGAACGACGGCAGCAGCAGAUGCCAGCACACGUGCACCGCCAAUAGCCACCGUGCAUAAACAAGGCGUGGACCUCAGCAGCCUGAGCGGCGGCGCGACCGGCGGCGGCAGCCGAUAGCAUCGUCCGCUCCCGCCGCCGGCCACCCGCAAGCACGGGUGCACCGCCGUCCUUGAAGCUGGCCCACGCGCCCGGUGAAGCGGCGCGCAGACACGCCGCGGCCGUCGCAACGACGCCUCUUCCCGCUGCCCGGCGACGACGAACCUCGCUUUCGGAUGGCCUGCCGAUCGGCACUUGUGGUUCUGUGGGUGACAGCGCUGGCGUGCUGCGUCUACUGCUGCGGGGCGACCCGGCCGUCGCCGACGCGACCACACGGCUUCAAGACGAUGCGCAGCGCGCGAGGACCCCCGCCAGGUGGUCGCACGCCGGCGACCACGGGCCGGCCCGUCGUCUACCCGACGUCCGGAGAGCUGAGGCCGCGGCUCGACGCGCACGGCAUGCCGGCCUGCACCGCCCGCGGGCUGGGAGAGAGCGCAUACUGCGUCGAGGACGCCACUUACCCGACGGAGAUCAUACGGAACGUGCUGCAGAGCCUGAAUGUGGAUCUGAGUGACAAGGAGAUCCUGGCGCGGCAGCCGCUGAACCACGAGGACAGCAUUGACCAGCGGGUGUGCCCGACCAAGCGCAAGACCAUCUAUCCCAAGACCGCGCGCAGCGCCGACCACGAAUGGCUGUACGUGGUCAACGACGUCGAGUACGCCCAGGCCGUCACCAUCGAACUUUGCGCGGACCCGGAGUCGUCGUGCGACUUCGUGUCCAGAGGCCUCCCGCCGGGAUACUCGUCCGCGUGCCGACAGAACUACGCUUACCGCAAGAUGCUCGCCAUGCACCCGACCGAGAAGAAGGCGUACGCCGAAAACUUCCCCUUCCCGUCAUGCUGCGUCUGCUAUGUCAAAUUCCCGCCGCUGGCAGGACGCAGCCUGAAUCCGAGCCGCCGCGGCAAUUGAGAACAGCAAUGAACAGUAUUGGACAGGAUGGGCGGGGCCUGUUCACGGCUCUUCUUUCUGCGCUGUUCUAGGCGCGUCAUUGCUUCGAAACGACAAGCAUGUUGGACCUCGACCUCGUGGCCUCCCAAGCCGGCAUAGCAUGAGGCCGAACGCACCCUUCCCCCCUUCCCCCAUCUACUAUUGGCCUCACAUGGGCCUUGAGAGGCUCUUGCCGACUACGCCCCGCGACGCAACCUCUCGCAACCUUUUUGUCACUUCUGUUGCACCAAGAUGUUUUCUGCUGCAUCGCUGAAGACCAGGAAGCCACUAUUGCCCGGUAUUCUUGUACGGUAGAGUGUAACAUGUUCACAUGCCUGGCGCCGCAUCCACGUCACGUAAUGCACAUAUGGACCAGUGUCGUGGACGUGUGGGAAAAAGCUCAUAAAGGAGGUGGAGCUUCGGGCGCCCCGCUGUCCUUCUGAUUCAGUGUGAGCAUGCAUACUGUAUACACGUGCUUUUCAGGGCAAACCUGCACGCCGACACUGUGCGAGAUGCUCCUUCGUAAAAAAAAAAUGUAUGUUGCGAGAGCGUUUUCAUUUGCUACCAAUUAUACAUACACUGAACCAUUUCUGACAGCGCAAGUUCCCUGCGCGUUGCCCCGAAUUGCUGCUUGAAGCGCCAUAUCUCUGGGUAUACAAGAACGGCUGCGUUAAGGCGAAUAGCCGUAAUCCUGACCGCCGAAGCGCCCCAGAGCUCAGAAGAGGGCGGAAAAACGGUGAGGAAAACUGCAGCCAAAUAACGAUUUCCUGCUGGAUUCUAGUCCCGGCGCUCAGCUGUGUCUCCAAUCUGUGCUUUCCCUAUGGCGUAUUCAUCAUCAUGCACAUCUGGAAUCGUCGUCCGCUGUUUCUACGGGCCUUCUAGCGUAUGUGCCUCAUUAGCGGAUCGCCACGCUAAUGGGAAUAUUAAGCCAUCUGCACAUGCCCUAUACAACAUUGUAUGCUCAAAUAAAACAAAAUAGGUGUCAUCCUCUUCACACUA